CUUCCUCUCACGAAGUGUGCCUUAGCUGGGUGGAAGGGACCGUGUCCCUGGUCUCCGCCCGGCCGCAUUAGCGGAAAGCAGGCAGCCAUUACUCCCCGAUCCUGGCUUCUUCGCGGAGAUGUGGCCGGGGGAGAAGAUGUAAAGGAGGUGGCUCUUGCGAAGCCGGCCCCUCUGAGCUCUGACCUUGUGGUCAGUAGCCUAGGCCGUAGGUGGACCUCACCGGUGCAUCUCUUCUUUAACUCCCCUACUUCUCUCCGCGGGCCCAUUGGGCAUCAUGAAGCAGCUACCAGUCUUGGAGCCUGGAGACAAGCCCAGGAAAGCUACAUGGUACACCUUGACUCGCCCUGGAGACAAACCCUGCCCUCGAGUUGGCCACAGCUGCUCCUAUUUACCCCCAAUUGGUGAUGCCAAGAGAGGGAAGGUCUUCAUCGUAGGGGGAGCAAAUCCAAACCAAAGCUUCUCAGAUGUGCACAUCAUGGAUUUGGGAACACAGCAGUGGGACACGGCCACCACGGAAGGUCUGUUGCCUCGGUAUGAGCACGCCAGCUUCAUCCCCUCCUGCACCCCUCACAGCAUCUGGGUGUUUGGGGGUGCGGACCAGUCAGGAAAUCGAAACUGUCUACAAGUCUUGGAUCCUGAAACCAGAACUUGGACCACACCAGAAGUGAGCAGCUCCCCGCCAUCCCCAAGAACAUUCCACACAUCAUCAGCAGCCAUUGGAGACCAGCUAUAUGUCUUUGGAGGAGGAGAGAGAGGUGCCCAGCCUGUGCAGGACGUGAAGUUGCAUGUAUUUGACGCAAACACUUUGAUGUGGUCUCAGCCAGAGACACAUGGAAGUCCUCCAUCUGCUCGGCAUGGCCAUGUGAUGGUGGCAACUGGUACAAAACUCUUCAUCCAUGGAGGCUUGUCAGGGGACAAGUUCUUUGAUGAUCUCCAUUGCAUUGAUAUAAGUAACAUGAAAUGGCAGAAGCUUAGUCCCACAGGGGCUGUUCCAGCGGCCUGCGCUGCCCAUGCUGCUGUGGCUGUGGGAAAACAUGUGUAUGUGUUUGGAGGAAUGACUCCCACUGGAGCACUGAACACGAUGUACAAGUAUCACACAGAAAAGCAGCAUUGGACCUCCCUUCAGUUUGGUCCUUUCCUACCUCCUGGACGACUGGACCACUCCAUGUGUGUCAUCCCAUGGCCAGUGCCGUCCACCUCUGAGAAUGAAGACUCGGAUUCUGUCAUUCUCAACUGUGAAGCUGAGAGAACGGGUGCUGCUGGCGUACACGUGGCUCAGGGUGGUGAGGAAAGUCAGACUAACAUGUCGCUCUGUUUCGUGUUCGGUGGGAUGAAUACCGAAGGGGAGAUCUAUGACGACUGCAUUGUGACUGUAGUUGACUAAUAAAGCCCACAUUUUUAUUA